GCAGCAAUCUUCAUGGAACCCACCUAUACUAUAUAUAUACACACUCCACUACGGCUCUCAUCUCAUCUCUAAAUCAAACAUUAUAAUAAUAACAAUAAUUCUCUUUCUGUUUCUCUGGUUUAAACAUGGGUAUGGGUUUAAGGAAUGGAUUUCUUUUGAUUUUAUCUUGUGUUGUUACACUUUCCCUCUCAGUUUGGGGGCGACCUGCCACUUUCCUUGAAGAUUUUAGAAUCACUUGGUCUGAUUCUCAUAUUAGGCAAAUCGAUGGAGGGAGAGCCAUCCAACUUGUUCUCGACCAAAAUUCAGGCUGUGGAUUUGCUUCUAAAAGGCAGUAUUUGUUCGGACGUGUCAGCAUGAAAAUCAAGCUCAUCCCCGGCGACUCCGCCGGAACAGUCACCGCCUUUUAUAUGAAUUCUGAUACAGAUGCUGUGCGAGAUGAGCUAGACUUCGAGUUCUUGGGAAACCGUACCGGGCAGCCAUAUACGGUUCAAACCAAUAUCUAUGCCCACGGAAAGGGUGACAGGGAACAAAGGGUUAACCUUUGGUUCGAUCCUGCUGCAGAUUUCCAUACUUACUCAAUCAUGUGGAACCAUCAUCAGAUUGUGUUCUAUGUUGAUGAAGUGCCAAUUAGGGUUUAUAAGAACAAUGAAGCUAGAAAUAUCCCAUACCUAAAACUCCAGCCAAUGGGAGUUUAUUCAACGCUGUGGGAGGCUGAUGAUUGGGCAACAAGGGGAGGUUUAGAGAAAAUUGAUUGGACCAAAGCUCCGUUCUUAGCUUAUUACAAGGACUUCGACAUUGAAGGAUGUCCGGUUCCAGGGCCAGCAAACUGUGCCACAAACAGUAGGAACUGGUGGGAGGGCACUGCUUAUCAAGCCCUUAAUGCCAUGGAAGCUAAAAGAUAUAGGUGGGUUCGUAUGAACCACAUGAUAUACGAUUACUGCACCGACAAGUCCCGAUACCCCGUUACCCCACCGGAGUGCAUGUCCAUCAUCUGAAAAUCCAAACCCAAGUGACGUUUCGUGUCCUAUUUUACGUACAUAUGUACCCCCCUUUAUACAAAUAAUAGAGCCAUGCAAAACUUGGGUUUUAAUAGUAAAGGGAAAAAUAAGUGUGCAUUGCAUAUAAUUGUGAAGUAAAAAUCCAAUUCCUAUUUGUCUGUAUUUGGUGCAUUCUGUUUUGUGUCAAUAAAAGCUUUCUUCAAAAGA